GUUUUGCAUCGUUGUUUCUUACUGUCACCAAAACCGGGACAAGAACAAUAAUCCUUAUUCCAGGUGAAAAUAAGAAUCGUUUUGGACAUGAGACUUGAUGCACAAAUGUCCAAUUUAUGUUGAUGGUAGAUGCAGAGAAAGAUGAAGCUGAAGUGGUUUGGCGGCAACUCUGAGGUCAAUCAGCAUUUGAGCUAUGCUGAGAUGUCCAGUGGUUCAGGGUUUACGAUGCUGUCCCUCUCUCAGGGGGUUCAGGUUGGUAUGUAUGGGGAAAAAAGGGAGCUAAGCUUUGAGCGAGUUAGAGGCUGCAGCACUUGUGAGGAGGUUUGUCUAGCAUUGGCUGAAACUCAAAGGAUAGCACCAGCAGUGGUCGACUGUUUUGGUCUGGCUUUUGAUAACAGUCAGGAUGGUAGAUACACUUGGCUUGCACCUGGUGAGUUGCCUGAUCUGGGAGAAAAAAAGUUGUGUUUUAGAAUGAGAUUUGUACCUGUAAAAGAGAAAUGUCGAGAUAUAUUGAGUCAGUACAGUGCUUGUUUGCAGUAUCUGUUUUAUCAAGUAAAAUACGACUAUGUGCACGGUGACCUCAAGUACCUAAAGGGUCAGGAAAAAGACAAGGACUCGCGCGGUGUUGGGGCCUUUGUCAUCUUGAUAAUGAUGCGGAUUUCUGCACAAAAUACAGGGACAGAAGAAAAUGUGGAAAACUUCUUUAGAAUUAUCAGCUUGAAAGACUUUUUUCCGCCUGCUCUAACUAGAAAUUUUAUUGACAAAAGAUUUCUAGAAGGUAGCAUUCGAAAUAAAUUAAAAGACUAUCAGGAUAAACACCCAAGUGACAGUUACCCUGCGGACAUCUUGAUGCGGUCUUUCUUAGAACACAUACUGCAGAGCGACAAGGACUUUUAUGAAGAAUCCUAUUCCGCAUAUCAACUGGAUUUAAAAAACAUUCAAGUGCAGGAAAGUGACACUUCUGGCCACACACGAUAUACGAAUGAACUGAAGAUGAAAAGUUCUUCGGCAGUAUCGCUGGCGAUAAAUUUGAAUGGGGACUCCUCAAAGCUGAAAAUCAUUUCUGGGAAACCUUCCUGUGAGAUUUUUCUGCAGAAAAUUUAUGAGGUUAAAUUGCAGCAGUUAACAUUUGAAGGAAUGGACUGGUUUGAAGUGCAAAUUAUAGCACAGGCCCAAUACCAGAAAGUGUACUUCAAAGACCGAUUGGAAAGCCAUUCAUUUGUAACAUGUCUUGAGAAAUAUUGCUUGCUCAUGUUCAACUACUACACAAGCCUGUGCCCCGACCUGCAGUCACCACGCAUACACAAACAAUAUCAGGUCCGUGCACAUGGACCUGUUAGUGAGGCCACAAUAAGGAAGAAGUUGAGUCAGCGAGGUCUCCAGUGUCGCGAUUGGUACGUUUUGCGCUCAAAUCUUCAGAAGUUCGGAAAGUAUGAUGUUCUCUAUCUCAGGACACCCAAAGACAAAUCUCUCAUAGUCAAAAGCUUUGGAAAGGUAAUGGAGCGGGAAGAUGGUUUAGUUCUAGAAGGAUCCCAGGCUGAUCCUGUGCCUCCCAAACUGUUCUUUAGGCAACAGGCAAAGGCUCUGGGAUUCCUGCCCAGCAAUGUUAUACCGGUCCAGCCACAGUCAGAAGGAUGUGACAUUGUACAGAACCUCUUGACGAAGCAUGCAAUUACCUUGCCAAAUGCCAUUGACCUUGAGACUGAAGAGGAGAAAAGACGUAUUGCCAGUCAGCCCAAGGUCUACAUGGCUGGUCAGGUCAACAUUGCUGCUAAGAUAGGGGAGGGCCACUUCACUGAGGUUUACAAGGGUCGGUUAUGUGAGCAACAGCAUGUUGUGAUAAAGCAGCUGAGGUCGGACCCGACCCUGCAGCGUCACCACAAACAAUUGCAUGAGUCCCUAAUGUCUGGCUUUGAGGUACUGCUGAAGUUAAACGGGUCAAAUUUAUUUGUCAAUUUCCUGGGACUAACCCUUGGGCCUAGCACAGGCUUGCUGAUGAGUGGAACCGGCCUGUAUAGCAUGAAGGCAUUCCUGCGCAUGGACAGGACUGGGCCUCCCCAACUGACAUUUUUGCACCUGAUUGAUGUCUCGAUACACCUGGCAGAGGCCUUGCAAUACAUGGAACAGAAAAAUUGUUUCCAUGGAAACCUAACAUGUGAAAACCUUGUAGUGGAGAAGUUUGACCAUCGUGUGUUAGAGAUCAAGGUCACAGACCCAGGCCUCGUCUGCUUCUACCAGCAGCUUCCCUUAGAUCAUGAAGUCAACAUUAAAAGACUUCCGUGGUUGGACCCCAGUAUGUAUAAGCCUGGUGGCCUUAAAGAAGUGACGGCAAAGACCGAGGUGUGGGCUCUGGGCUCCACCCUCUGGCAGAUGUUUGAGGGCGGGGCCAGUCCGUGGGAGGCCAUUAACUCGAUGGGAGGGCCAAGGUCAAUUGAAGCGGUGCAGCAAUUUUUUUUGGUAAAUAAAAAAGUUCCUCGAUGUCCGAAGUUACUGAAACCGCAGGCAGAUGACUCUGAACCAGUUCAAAAGUACAAACAAGAGUUUUACAUGAAGCUGCAAGACUGCUGGACAUUAGAUAGUGAGGAGAGGCCAUGCCCAGAGGCACUGCUCAGGACAUUCAUAUCCUGCUUUCAGGAACAUUCGAGAGAGUACCAUGAGUAUAGCCAACCAAUAUACUCUGUCGGCAGCAGUGGGCUAUCCAGUAUGGACAGUGCGACUACUGAGUUCUAUUUCCUCAAUAGCGGAUAUACGGGCACCUCAAAACCAAUACCCAAUCUUUCUUGUCUCAACUCUUCAGAUAUAUUCUCAGAUCAAGGUGUGCUACCUUUGGAAGUAGAUCUGUCAAAACAUACAACUGAUCACCCCACUCCACCAAUCCCUCGAGCCCAGGGGGUCGCCGUCAAAACCCCAUACCCACUUCAUGGGGAACCUUCGGCGGAGGUACACGGAGCUGGCGUAAACCUGCCUUCAUUUGUCAUUCUAAACAGAAGGCUUUCCAUUGACAAAAGCAAACAGCUGGGAAGUGGUUAUUAUGGUGCAGUUUACAAGGCCACUCUAGAUAGGGAUGAUAAUACACCAUUAUCUGUUGCAGUAAAAGUUUUGAAACAAGACAAGUUUGAGCUAUUCAAGUUGGAUUUCAAAAAGGAAGCUGAAGUUAUGGAGAAACUGGAGCAUGAAAACAUUGUCAAGUUCUAUGGCACCUGCGAUAGCAUUCAUGGGUUCUGCCUUGUGAUGGACUGCCUGGAUCAGUCGCUAUACAAGUUUCUGAAAUCUCGCGAAAACUUGAAAAAAGAGGAAAUUUACAAGCUUGCCCUCGAUGUUGCCAAGGGUAUGGAAUACCUAGAACAGAAGAAAAUAUUACACUGUGACCUUGCAGCCCGGAAUAUUCUCCUAACCACUAACCAACAGGCCAAGGUCUGUGACUUUGGCCUGUCCAAGAUACUAAUGGAAGACAAGGAUUACUACAGGAGGCAAACCGAGAGGAUAAUACCUAUAUACUGGUCUGCUCCCGAGUGGACCGAUUCCAGACGUGUUUCCUCCAAGUCUGAUGUCUGGAGCUAUGGAGUUGUACUCUGGGAAAUGUUCAGUUAUGGCAAUGAUCCAAAGAUGAACAUUGACAACCCCAGUGACUUUGUCGGCAAGCUGAUAAAAGGGGAUCGACUCCAGCGUCCGAGAAAUUGCCCAGACCAUUUUUACCAGUUCAUGCGUCAGUGUUGGGACAAAGACCCAGAGAGGAGACCAACUUUUACCAUGUGCAGGAAUAGGCUUGAUGAACAGCUUUCUUCAAAUGUCCAGGUGGACGACAAAAAUUGCCUUGGAAAGGGUGAUUUUGGAGCUGUUUACAAGCACCAGUGGUGUGGUCAAGAAGUUGCACUGAAGAUUUGCACAUCUCCUCCUGAUAAUGCGAGGUUUAAAAGAGAAUUCACUCUUCUCGAGAAGUUAAAGAAUAGAAGCCCAGACAAUAAUGGGCAUCCGAACAUUGUCAUGUUUAUUGGACACAAGGAGCUAGAUGACCCACAUGUUAAGUUUGCCUACAUGAUGGAGCUUAUGAAAAAUGGCUGCCUUUCUGAUUACCUGAAAGAGCCAAAAAUGUUGUAUGAUAGCAAAAUGAAGUGCCUUAUAGACAUUGCUCAGGGAAUGGAAUUCCUUUAUGACAACAUCAUUAUUCACUGUGACUUGACGGCAAGGAAUGUGUUAUUGACAUCUGACCUCACAGCAAAGGUGGCGGACUUUGGUUGGGCGAAGGAACUGGAGAAUGAUUGUGAAAACAGUACAUACAGGAGGACUGAUUCUCAGUUUAAACUACAUGUAUUAUGGGCUCCUCCAGAGGUUCGUGGCGGGACAUACUGUCGGCAGUCAGACAUCUGGAGUUUCGGCGUUGUGUGCUUAGAGGUCUUCUUGGAUGGAGGAACCCCAAGGUUUACCAAACCCUCCCAACCCUCCCCAUACUCCGAUCCACAGGAGGAGCAUUGGGCCCGCCUCGCUCAGAACGAGAGAUUCCCGAAACCUUUGACCUGCCCCGAUGAGGUUUACGAGAUCAUAAAGCUGUGCUGGCAGAGUGAUCCACAACAGAGAAUACCUUUCAGAGACAUUGUUAAGGAAUUGAUAAGGAUCAGGGCUUCUUAAUAGGUCAGCACCAGAGAAACUGAUGUGACCCUAUUUUGGAUAUAUCCCUGAAAGGAACGGGGUUUCGCCUGGAACAAAUAACAAACUCCAGGUUUAGCUAAUCUCGGCUCAAAAAUGAAAAAUGCUUUUUCAAUGGAGAUAUACCUGUGAAGUUAAUAGUUGUUAUCAUUAUUCAGUUCUAUGUUUGUGAUUUUAUUGCAUAAUGUCAUAUUAAGAAAACAUGUGGAAAUUGGUCUACUAUCUUGCCAUACUCAAUUUUAUCUGAACAAACUUUCAAGCAGGCUAUGAUCGAUAUUUGUUAAAAUUUUUGGAGGUUUUCUUUAAUUGAAUAUAACAUAUUGUUAUGUAUUCGUAUUUUCAUAUCUCUUGGUUAAAGCUGUGUUUUUGUUGUAAAUGUGAACACCUGAACAAGACUCAUGUUUCCAGACAACACCACAUAUUUUCAUUGUGAUGAAAGACUGUUAAGUGCUACAAUACUAAUCAUUGGAAAGUCCUGUGAUAUUGUCUAAGAUAUGUAAUGUUAUUAUACAUCACGUGACCUGCCCAUGUUAAUUUCUCAUACACCCAUCAUGGGCAAUUUCUUACUGUCACACUGACAGUACCGUUUUGACCGGUUGACAUUAUUACUGUCACAUAGCACGCGUGUCUAAAAAUAGGCGUUUUUUUGUUUCCCAAGUUUGAGGUGGUAAGAGCUUAUUAAAAUGUGUUGUAAAUCUGGGUACAACCGGUGUGUGCAUUAUUUCUAAGCGACAUUUGCAACAAAAUGACAGCUAAUAUAAACAAACAAUAAUUACAGAAUAAAUUGAUUGAACUUGAAGGUUGUGUAAUGGUAAAAAAUCUUUAUAUAUGUAUAUAAAUGUAACUGUGUUCUGUAUAAUAAAAUAAAUAUUGCAUGACUUCCAGUGUGACAGUAGAUAUUGUCAACAUUCGGGUAAAUACUGUUAUCCUCGGCUUCGCCUCGGGUAACAGUAUUUCCCUAAUGUUGACAAUAUUUACUGUCACACUGGAACCCGUGCAAUAUUUAUAUAAUAUUUAAUGGUUCGUUGAAGGGACAUAUUUCGUUACAGAUACUUAGAAAUGCAAAGUUAACAUUACUUAGAAAUGCAAAGUUAACAGUAAAUGAGCCAGUAGCUAACGUUUGUAACCUAGGCAAUAUUGCUAUACCUUGUUUAGAUGGGAAUGAACUCCUGCUUUGAUGUCAAAUGACCUGUAAUUUUUAAAUGACAUUUGACCUAAAUAAAAAACAUCUUUAGAUUAAUCAAAGUGGUCGUUUCUACCAACGAUCUGGCAUAACAUAUGAACUACUGCAGUUUAAGGUAUUGUGAGAUCACUAAUAUUGUUAAACUGCAGUCAUUUAUGUACUAUACCAGGCUUGGCUAUGACUCUCAUAUCCCCAGCUAGUAAGUAAUCAACACACAAUCAGUUUGUAUAUGGGCAUUUAUUUAAUGCUGUAACAAAAAUAUACAUCAUUUGUAUAAACAAGUUAAAUGUUGAGGAAUUAUCUGGCGGCCAAAACCGCCACCAAGAUGAAAUAGUACAGAAAUCUGCAGAAUUGUGCAGUAAUGAAAACAUUAAUUAAUACAGACAUACAAACAUGUGAAAUAACACCCUUAUAUACAAAAGUGGCUAGAAAUACCAAAAUGGGUGUGGAGUAAUGGAAACAGUUCUUUAACACAACUGAUGUGAAAUGUAAACAGAAUAUACAAAGUGAAUAGAAAAAAUCAAAUGGUUAAUACAAAGGUUUAUAUAGUUGAAACAAGUUUGACUAGACAUAAUUUAUUGUAUAAUUGUUGUGGAGGAGGUGGUAAUUGAUUUUUUAGCGUUUCACGCAAAGCUUGUUCGCUGAAGACAAAGAAUAAUGGCGAAAGUGAUUUCAUUGGUUUGUGAAAGUCACGUGGUAUCCAUCCUAUAAGCUGAUUGGUAAUCAAAUCAGGCGAAAUAAGUCUGUCAGUGAGACCUCAAAGCAAUUAACGCUUGUCGUUACCACGAAACAGGUUACUUGCCAAACCAAUAAAAGAAAUGGCCUAGCAAGCUACAAUAAAACAUUCAUGUACCAUAAAUGUUAUGUAUGUACUAUACCAGGCGUGGCUAUGACUCUCUUAUCCCCAGCUAUUGCUGGUAGGAGUGAACUCUUUGAAAAAUAAUUAUAAAGAAAAAAAAAUAUUUUAGGUUAAAUGUCCCUAAAAGUAUGACACCAAAGCAAUAGUUCAUUCCCUUUAAACUACUGUGGUUUUUGUUAUUGUUUGUGUUUACUUAUGAAGUGCUUUCAAUGCAAUGACCCCCAAAGAUUUUGCCCUGAUGAGGAAAUUCAACAUCUCAGCAUCAGAAAACCUAUUUGAUUUUGGCAAAAUUUGGCGAUACCAACAUGAAACUUAUUAUAUAUAUAUAUGAGCCCAGUGAUAAUCUUUUAACCUGAUAAUGAUACCGAAAACAUGAUAGAACAAUGCUUUCCUAAAACAGAUGGAUAGUUGUGGGAUUGUUGUGGGAUAGGUUAGCAUUUUAUACGCAAUAUCUCAAACCUCUUGGGUUUUAGUCACUUUCUUACCUAGUAACUGAAAUUCUGAAGUGUCAUGUCAAUCUUCUAUGUUCUUUAUAUAGACUUGCACCUCAAUAAGCUAUGUGAGAAAAAAAGCUGUUUAUUGAGUAUAUACAUGCACAUAUUGUCAAUAUAUUGGCAUAACAAGCUCUAACAAUUACAUAUAUAUGUGCAUGCAGGCGUUGCCGUUUUAUACAUGCACGUACAUUUAAGCAUUGGAGUUAUAUACAUGUAUGAACAUGUAAACAAAGGUGCUAUAUACAUUAGUGCAAACGUAGGUAUUGGUGUUAAACGCAAAUGAGAUGUUGAUUUGAAUAUGCAAAGUAGGUAAAAUCCCCACUCUACCAUAAUUUUAUUCUAUAACAUAAUGGUAAUUCCUAAGAAUAUGUUGACUCCAUUGUCAGAACUAUAACUAAUAAAGCCAAUACUUAAUUCAUAGAAAUCUCAUUUGUCUUCCGUCGUUCUAGCCAUUUCAUAAAUUUGUUAUUUGUUUGUCUGUUUACAUUUUGUUCGUUACCCAAGAAUUUUGAGCUUAACAUAACGCUGUUUCUGUCAUUUUUUAGACCCGAGUCUCAGUCCACUAAACAUAGUAAGUGGUGUGUUUUGAAUAUUUGUGAUUCUUGUUUUACUUGUCUGUGUGACAGUAAUAUUACACCUGAUCUGUUGAAAAGUGACAAUCAUUAAAUCCAAGUCCAGACGUUCCUCGUCCAAUGAUAUAAUCAACAUACCAGUAUAUAUUCUAAACGGGAAUAGUACAGUAUAUUCAAAUUGUCAGUGUUCUUCGUUUCGUUCGUCAUCCAGAUGAUCCUCACCUCACGUUCAGGAUUUGGAAGAGUAUUUUACACUUUACAGGCAUAAACAGGCUGACGUUGUUACAUCGUUCAGAUUAUAAUCCUUAUAU